AUGCCAAAAUACGCGAAAUUCUUGAAAGACCUUCUUAGGAACAAAGAGAAGUUAGGGGAUUUGUCGAAUGUCCCGUUGAAUGGAGGGUGUUCAGCCGUUGUUCUAAAUAAGCUUCCGGAAAAGCUUACCGAUGCCGCUAUUUUUAUUAUUCCUUGUCUAUUCGGUAGUAAUACCAAUACUAGAGCCUUAGCCGACCUAGGUGCUAGCAUCAAUUUGAUGCCCUUUUCUCUCUACGAGAAGCUAGACUUAGUCGAGCUUUCACCUACCCGAAUGACAUUAUCCCUAGCCGAUCGGUGUGUGAAAUACCCUAGGGGUAUAGUUGAGAAUUUGCUAGUUAAGGUAGACAAAUUUGUAUUUCCUGCCGAUUUCAUCAUUCUCGAUAUGGAAGCGGAUGAAAGAGUCCCUAUUAUACUUGGUCGUCCGUUCUUGCGUACCGCUAAAGCCCUUAUAGACGUUUAUGAUGGUAAGAUCACCCUUAGGGUCGGUGAGGAGAGAGUCACCUUUGAGGCAGAUCGUUCCAUGAACCACCCGAGUGGUUCCGAUGACUAUAGUGGUCCUUGCCAUUCCGUCUACUUCUUGAAUUCAUUCAUCUCGUGUGUCGACCAUUGUUUAGAGUAUAUUAGUGGUUCCGACUUAGUGGUAGGAGAGAAGGUAGAGGAAGAGUCGAAGUUGGUAGAUGAAGUCGAAGUUGACUAG